AUUCUUCGAAUGUGUGUGAUUGAUGUUGGCAUUUUCUGCUUGGACUGUAUACUUUGACCAGGUUCGACACAGCCUUAAGAAAAUAUCAAAUAGUUGCUCUAGAUGUAAACGGAAACGAUAUAUUUAUUUAAAGAGACAACAAUUUCCGUCAAUACGUUACUACUCUUUGGCUGAAAUAUCCGAACAUUCCAACAAGAAUGGAAAACAAAGCUGGAUAGAGGGACUUUGUAGUUCUGAGUUUUGUUCACUUUGUGAAGCCCAGUUUAGAAUUCUAGAAGAUUCCUUAGGAAUUGAUAAUUUUGUUUUAUUUUUCCGAAAAGAAAAUGAGCUUUCUGGGACCUUGGAGUUUAUACCUGUGUGUAGCUUUCCUGGUGUAAGCUCUGUCUGGGUUGUAGAGGAGGAUCAAGGAUCUUUGCCUUUUAUUUUACGACAACCGCCUCCCUUACCUGGUGGAAUGGAACCUUCCUAUUUGUUACCUAGUUAUCCUUUUGUUUCAUUUCGAGAAGGAAUCAUUUAUCAUUUGGAAGAAGGCUAUAUCACCAUUCCCAUUCAUUAUGAUAGAAUAGUUGUGGGAUUAUUAUUAAUAGGAAAAAAAGGAAAACAUAUUUGGACAAGAGAAGAAGAGUUGCAAAUUCUUCAGUCGGCAAAGACUGUUGCCAUUGCGUGUACAUUGAACUUGAGGUGGCAAAUGAGUUCUACAACAACAGUUCAGUUAUCAAAGAUACAAAAGUUGUUUUCGAAUCUAUUGCAUCAAGCACAAAGUCCUUUGAUGGCAAUCAAAACAUUUGCAAAGUUACUCUUGAAACGACUUCCAAGUGAAGAUAUCAAUAAGGAAUUGGUCCAAAAUAUACUAUUUCAGGCGGAUAGACUACAAGAAUUGCUUUCACCAUUGCAGCACAUGAACGAAAGAUUGUUGAGUCAUAUAAAGUCAGAUACAAUAUCUUCAAGUAUUCCCAUUCAGCUGGAGGCUUCUAAGGAAAGUAGAGAAGCAGAAAAUUUGUCCAGUCAAAAGAGUAUCAGCUUGCAUCUGUGUUGGCUAAAAGACGUUAUUCAACCAGUGUUAUCAAGUGUUCGAUGUUUUGCUCGUGAAAAGGGGAUUCGAUUUUCCUCCAAAAUAGAGCGAGACAUGCCACCUUGUUUAGUAGAUGAACGAAUGCUCAGAGAAGUUGUUUUAAACAUUUGUGAGAAUGCCAUUAAAUUUACUCCAACUGGUGGUGUUAUAAGAGUAGAUUGUUAUUGGGAUAGUAAGAACAGUUGUGUUUCGAUUGAUAUUUGUGAUACAGGUUUGGGAAUUCCUCAGGUGGAGCUUUCUAAAGUUUUUGAUAGAGGAUAUAGAGCAAGUAACGUAGUUUUCAAUACAGCUACUCCAGGAAAUGGCAUUGGUCUAUCGAUUGCUUUCGAAAUGGUGCAAAAAAUGCGAGGAAACCUCUCCAUUACUUCUCCAGGAAAACUACACAAGCUACCAAGAAAAGGAAACAAGGGAUUACCAGGUUGUUGUGUGCAUCUUUCAUUUCCUAGAGCCUCCAGUCCUCAACUUUGAGCCAAAGUGAUUGUCUAUCUUGUUCA